CAUCCCUUUCCUGCUGCUCACUCAUGGGCCCUGCAGCUGGUGGGGAUCAUGCUCCACAGCUAAGCAUUAUGCUGAGCAGCUGUUCUUGAAAAAGGAUGACAAUAAAAUAAAGAAAAAAGAUAUCCCAGCAGUUUGUGAUCUUCACUGCUGUAAGGAUGUCCCUGUAAGAAAUGGCCUUAUUGGGCAGAAGCCACCCUCUAUCAACCCUGAGAGACUGAAGGAUUUUGGUGAGGAGGAUUACCUGAACGGGGAUGUGAAGACCUGGGAAAUGAAGAUAGUGAGCCGGAAUGAGGAGUUGCUCAGGGAUGCCCUUUCCUGCAUCCCCCAGCCAAGCAGUAGGACCAGCCUGGCCAGCUGCAACAGGCUCAUUCGGUUUGAAGACAUUAGUGCAGCAGCCUUCAAAAUCCAGUGUGGUGUUCAGAAAACCCCCUGCAUGUAUUCUAGGCUGUCCAAGCAGUAUGGAAUGGACAUCUACCUGAAGAAGGAGUUCCUCCAGUACACGGGGUCUGUGAAGGAACGAGGUGUACUUUACCUUCUGAUGUCAUUGCCUCAGGAGCAGCAAAGAAAAGGGGUGAUCGUGGCCUCAGACAGCAACUUCUCCAUGGCUGUUGCGCACCACGCCUCAGAGCUCCGUGUGCCCGUGUUCGUGAUCCUGUGCACCAGCACGGCCCCGGCCCGCGUGAGGAUGUGCCGCGACUACGGCGCCAUGGUCAUCUCCUACGGCGCCACGGGCAAGGACGCCCAGCUGCACGCGCGGAGGCUGGCUCAGGAGAACGGAUACCUCUACCUGGAGGAGGAGGACAGUGCUGUGUACCUGUCAGGCCUGGGCACCGUGGGGCUGGAGAUGUACGAGCAGGUGCCAAAGCUGGACGCGGUGAUUUUCCCUGCAGGAGGCCACUGUGGCUUGCUGGCAGGGUCAGCUGCUGCACUCAAACACCUCAACCCACAUAUUUCUGUAAUUGGAGUUGAGUCUGAAAGUUUCCCAGUAUUGCAAGAGUCCUUAAAAGCUGGCCACCCAAAUGACGACCAGGCCUGCAACAAUCAUCACUUCUAUGGAGAUGUGAGUGGAGUUUGCUUUGGCAGCAAUUCUUUGCAGUUGACGGGGAAGCUUGUGGAUAAAGUUGUUACUGUGAGGGAGGAGGACAUCCUCGUUUCAAUGCUGAGGCUGCUGGAGUACGAGCGAGCCACGGUUGAUGCAGAAGGGGCCAUUGGGCUUGCAGCACUGGUGGCAGGGAAGCUGCCUGAGUUGAAGGGUAAAAGAGUGGCAGUUGUUAUAUGCAGUGGAAACCUGGAAUUACAUUUGCUGCAGCAGUGCAUAGCUCGUGCCCUGACCCUGGAUAACAGAGUGUGCAGAUUUUCCCUUGUGAUUUCUGACUGCCCAGGAGACAUGUCAAAGCUACUGGAGCUUUUGGCUCGGGAGGAAGCAAGAGUUCUGGAUAUCAAACAAGAACGCACAUUUGUGACAUCCAACCUCUUCACUGUUGAGGUGAUCUGCACUGUGGAGACCAGAGACAAGAUCCACACAGCCCAGCUGAGGAAUGCACUCCUGGAACGCUACCCCACAGCUGCCUGGACGGAGCGGUGACGGGCACAGCGCGGCUGGGGCACCAGGGCCUGUGCCAAGGACUCUGCAGAGCCCCAGCCUGGAGGCUGUCACAACAAAUAUCAUCUUUCAGAGCUGAACAGUUAGCAAAUAGCAUCAGGAUAUUGAUUUCCUGCUCAAAAUGUAGUAAAUGUCUUUGGGGAAAAAAAGUUCAACUCAAAACGUUAGUUUAGCUAAGGGAAGCUCUUAGUCUCUGCUGGUGUUGGAAUUCCUCAUUUCAUUAUCAGCUGGCUGUCUGGAUUUUAGCUAGUUUGUAGAACCCAAUGAUAUUCCAUAAACAAGGAGAAGGCAUUUCUCUUUACAUCUGGAUAUAGACCUCUCAAAGGUCUUCUAUUUUGAUGCCCAUUGUUGAAGUAAUGCAGCUCCUUCCGCUGGACUUAGCCACAUUACAAGUGCAGAAAUUUUCUGUUUCCAAGCCAGAAGCAGUUUUCUGUUUGCUAAAUCUGCUUCAGGAGGUGUGUGGGAUUGAACAUGAAUAUGAUCUGAUCUUUGCUACCAUGUGAGGAAAAAUUCUGCUAAUAGAAGGUAAUUUAAACACAGACAGAAAAACCCUUGGAAGAUAAAAGCCAAUAUAAUAUUAAUAUUUUUCCCAAGGGAAAAUGAUCCUAUUUGCAA